AGAGCAAGCCUUCUCCAAUAUUUGAGUAACCAAGUUCUGUUUCGAAAUGGCAAACGAUGCUAUCGACCCCCCAAGCCUCAACAUACCUGAAUCGGUGAUCAGUGUCACUGUCAGAGUGAUUGACACUGGUUCGAGAGCUUCCGUACCCGCAGCCGCAUUCCUCGAACCUGCUAUUCCAGGGCACGAGAUCCUUGAGGGCUCACCUGCCUACCCGAUCCUUGUAGAACAUGAGUCAGGCCAGAAAGUAAUAUUCGACCUUGGAAUUAGGAAGGACUGGCAGAACUUCUCGCCAGCCCUGCUGAAGCUGUUCGAGGUUGCGGGCGUCACGAUUGAAGGAGACAAUGACGUGAUUGACGUCCUUGAAGAGGGAGGAAUAAGCAAAGAGAAGAUAAACGCAGUCAUUUGGAGCCAUUGGCAUUUCGAUCACGUAGGCGACACCUCUCGCUUCGCCCCCAGCACCGAGCUGGUCGUUGGACCAGGCUUCUCUGCCGCUCUUACUCCUGGAUAUCCUGUAAAUAAGGAUAGUCCCAUCUUGGAGACGGAUUACAAGGAUCGGCCUCUUCGAGAGCUCGACUUCACUGCGAAAGCGACCGUGAAGCUGGGGCGCUUUGAUGCUCUGGACUACUUCGGAGAUGGUAGCUUCUACCUUCUCAAUGCACCAGGACACACUGUAGGACACAUUUGCGCUCUCGCGCGCACCACUCCAAAGACAUUCGUUUUCAUGGGUGGUGAUGCCUGCCAUCAUUGUGGCGAGUUCCGACCAACCCAGUACCUGCCCAUCCCCGCCGAGCUCUCCCCAUCGCCACUCACGAACCCGCCAUUUGUCCCUGAAACGUUUUGUCCGGGCUCUCUCUUUCAGUCGAUUCAUCCACUAAAGUCUGCUUCACAGCCGUUUUACAAGCCAAAGAAUGAUCCAAGUCUCUUGCAAAAUUACGCCGAGACGGAAAUCACCAUUGAGAAACUGAUUGAGUUCGAUGCCAACAACGACGUCUUGACGAUCAUUGCACACGAUCGCUCUUUGCUCGAUGUGCUGGACUUCUUCCCGGCCAGUGUCAACGACUGGAAAGCGAACGGUUGGAGGACCACAGGAAUGUGGCGUUUUCUAGCCGACUUCAGGCCUGCAUUGGAUUACGUCUCUGCGGAAGACAACGAGUCUUAGAAGAUGUGAUCCCUUGUUGGCUGCACUUCAGGGAGCUUUUUUCGGGUUCAUAGGCACCCAGGCUACUUGCUAGCCCAUGUCGUUAGAUCACAUAGACCUUAAGAUUGUCGGUGCG